UGUUUCCCAGCCUGGUUUGAACUUGCCGUUCUCCUGCCUUCACCUUCCAGAGUGUUGAGGUCACAGGUGUGUGGCACUGUGGCCAACUGUAUGCAGUAUUAAGGACAGUUUUUAUACGUGUUGUUGUUUGGGUUCACUGAGCAGUGGACGGGUACAGAUGACUCAUACUGCCUGGCUGAAGCUUAUGCCUCUUGAGAGGUAACUCCCCAUUUCCCUGUCCCCUCAGUUUCCGAAACCCUCCAUUCUGCUCUUGUGAGUCUGUGCUUUAACUGUGUAGGUAGGUUCAUCAUAAACAGAGCCAUGCAAUCUUGACCCUCUCUUUCCUUUGCAGAAGGUCCUAAAGGGUCAUCUCUGUUGCUGUGCACUGCCAGGCUGGCUUCUUUCGAAGGCUAAAUGUGUCCCCCUGCAGAGUUUUGCCUUUUCUAGAAAUAUAUGGAUGGAAUCCUACAGUCUGAUCCUUUGUACCCAGCUUUGUUCAUUUAUAUGAUGUUUCUGAGGUUCAUCCACUGCUGCAGAACACAUCUGUUUUUAAGACACAUGGCCUUUCUCAGAAGGAUGUACUCUGUUUUGAAUUGAGAAAAACAUCUCCUGGGAUUCUCAAGCUAGCCUGCGUGAGGACAGUGGCCUCAAGGACUCAUUCCACUUACCAAGACACAUCAUGGCUGAGCCAGACUACACAGAUGACGACAACCCUGAGCUGAUUCGGCCCCAGAAACUGGUCAACCCUGUCAAGACGUCCCGGAACCACCAGGAUCUUCACAGGGAGCUCCUUAUGAAUCAGAAAAGGGGUCUUGCUCCUCAGAAUAAACCAGAAUUACAGAAAGUGAUGGAAAAGAGGAAAUGGGACCAAGUAAUAAAGCAGAAGGAAGAGGAAGCACAAAAGAAGAAAUCUGACUUGGAAAUCGAACUACUAAAGCGGCAGCAGAAGUUGGAGCAGCUUGAACUUGAGAAGCAGAAAUUGCAGGAAGAGCAAGAAAACGCACCGGAGUUUGUGAAAGUGAAAGGCAAUCUCAGGAGAACAGGUCAGGAGGUGGCCCAAGCCCAGGAGUCCUAGGCCAAUGGUGCCCGAGGCCUGGCGCGUCCCACUGUUACCGUGAGAGCUAUGUCUGGCCUCAGGGCCAGAGCCGUGAAGAGAAUGCCAGACAGCUAAGAAGCUCGCCUAGAAAAAGGAUUUGUUUUGAUUUUCCUACAGUCUGGGUGAAAAAAUUAUCUGUGAUUGUUGCAGUUCCCAUUCGCCAAAUGAAGGACAUUGACCAGCACUUAUGUUGGAAUAAUGGACCUGUAUUCAGAGAUUUAAGCAGAACAAAACAAGCAAGAAAGAGGAAGAGGACACUGGAAUAAAUUCCUGAGAGUUGCGCUACUUUUUCCGUUCCAAAUGUCUUAGGGCAUGGAGACUUUUUCUUUGAAAAGCUAACGCAAAGAUGUUUAAUUCUUUCAUGGUUAUCUGUUAGAUAAUUUAAUCUGUUACAUCCAAUGUGUUGAGAUUUUGAGAGUCCGGAUUUUUCUUGCUGAAUUUAUACUUUCUCCCAUGUUAGAAUUAGCAACAGGGAGUGGUAACCCUGAUGUUGAGCUGUUCCUUGUGGGCACUGAGCCCCAGAGUGAGGUAAGAAGGACUAGGGAGACAUGAGCCUCUGUCUUCACCCAUCUCGGACCUCUGUGGGGCAGUGUGGACGUGGCAGUGUCCGCUGCACACCGAGGACAGCACAGUGCCCAGGCUCAGUGUUGCUUGACGGCCGGUGGCUUUUCUGCAGUUUCACUCUCACACCGUGCUGAGCUGGUCCUUCGAGGUGAGAUGGUCCCGCGGUCCUUUGGAAAGUGGACAUCGUCUGCAGUUUCAGAAGUAGAGCGCCGAGAAGCUUUUACCUCUCCAGAGAGUGGUAUAGGGGAGGUUCACGGGGAGCCUUAUGGGAAGAUUAUACGGUGUAUGUACAUUUUGAUAUCAUUAGAAUCUAAACUUUGAUGAUUUCUGAUUAAUGGCCACAUAUUUCUUUACUAUGUUUUCCUUGUGCAGAAAGACUUCUGCCACUCUCUCAGGCCAGUGCUGUUGAGAGGUGAUGUUGAUGACUACUAUAUUAUUACAUCUCUCAGGAAAGCCAAGGAGCAGUGCGGGCCGGCUUGUCUCCCUCACACUCCCUAACGUGCUCCUCAGAUACCCAAGUUACAAGAGCAGCCCAGUUCUCAUGAAAAAGCAUGUUUAUACUGCUAGUGUAAUGUUUGUGGAUUUAGUAUGUCCUCCAUAGAGGCGGCUCAGCCGGUGGCUCCCAUUGAAGACUCUGCUUAUGCUCCCUCUAGUGACGAUAGACAUUAGCUUUCUGUGUGAGGGCUUCAGUUUUAGCAGUUGACAGGCCCGUGUCCAACCCUGAUGUGAACGUGAUAGAGUGAGUGGAGGCUGGUGCACAGCUAGAGAAAUGGGUUAGUUGAGUACAUCUGAAAUGGGUUAUUUGUCUUAUUGGUGAGUAUUAUUUGAAUAAAAUACAGGUUGCUUAAGAUAAAAUACUGCUCUAUAAUAGUUUGCUUUUAAAGAUUGGAGCGGUGACUCUUUUACCACUGCUUUGAGAGAAGAAAGUGCGGUAACUAAUGAUCUUGAGAGAACAUGUCUGAUUGUGUGUUCAUUCAGAAUUCUCUCUUUGUGCGUGUGGACUGAUGGCAUGGUUAAAGGUAGAUAUUUGACCUGGCUCAAAUUGUUUUAUCUAACUGGACAUAGAUCUGUGUCCUUAGAGCAGUUCUGCCACUUGACCAAAUUCACAAGGGCCCUACCAGGCUCCUGACAAGGAUGAGUUCUGUUCCGAGAACUUCGGUAGAAUUCAUUCGUCACCAAGAAAAAAUUAAUUAAAAAUAUUCUCUCCCGAUCUCUCUGUGGUUACUACUACGAGGUCCAGCCAGAAGACUUGUAAAUAGGCUAUGCUGAAACAGCAGGGUGCAGGUGGUGAGGCUCUGAAGUUGAUCAGCUGGAUCACAGGCUGGAGCUUUGAAGGGAGCCAGUCUUCCCUCAAUGCUGUGCUGUCCAGCCCUGUGGACUCAGUCCUGUGCUUUGAGCCACUUUUUUGGGUCAAAAAUGGCUCCAUUUUUCCACUCUGAUUUUCUUAAAAUAGUUGAGUGUUUUAUAGUCUGAUAGUGAAGUAGUGUUGCUUUAUAAGCUAUGACAGUUGACUUUAUUCUUCUACUAUGGAAAAUCUUGCCUUGUCUGAGUGUAUAUAAUAUAUAUAAAGGGAACCUUAAUGGAUUUGCUUUCAUAAUUUAAUAUUUUUUGUAUUUGCUCUUGUAUAAUUGUUUUUAAUGGAAAGUAUUACAGAAUUGAGGGUGGAAUUCUUAGAACCAAAGUUAUUCUUAAUAAAAAUCACCACAUGCUUGGACCAUGCAUC